CCCUCUUCCACUCACAAUGCUCCCAAAGACAAGGCACUCCCCGUUUUCUUCUUCUUCAUCAUCAUUGUCAGCACUCAGAAUGGAGAUCAAGAGUGGAGAGAGGAGGCAAGUGUCAAUUGAGAAGGUGAGGAGAGACAGCACAGUUGAAGUGGAAGAUGAAGAAGAGGAGGAUGAGAGUGUAGCUUGUGGUGAGGGUGGUCUUGGAGAAGAUGAGAAGAAGAAAGGUGGUGGAGGGUGUGGGAGAAGAGGGUCAAGUGGGGGUGGAGGAGUUUCUCCACCUUCUUGUCAGGCAGAGAUGUGUGGUGCUGAUUUGACUUUUGCAAAGAGGUACCAUCGCCGCCAUAAGGUGUGUGAGCCUCAUUCCAAGGCUCCUUUUGUGAUGGUUGCAGGACUGAGGCAGAGGUUUUGCCAGCAAUGUAGCAGGUUCCAUGAGCUAGCAGAAUUUGAUGAAGCUAAAAGAAGCUGCCGGAGACGCUUAGCCAGGCACAACGAGCGGCGCCGGAAAAGCAAUGCUGAAAAUUGCAAUGAAGGGUGCAGUGGCAACAAAGGACAGCAACCUACAGAAAGCCACUGCAGAAAUGCUGAUGACUGGGGAAGAAUACAAAUGAAUAUAACUAGGAAUUCUGGUUACAAUUCCUUUCAUAUAAUAUAAUGUGUUCAUCAGCAGGCUCCCUCUCUUCUGUCAAAGGUUCUUUGCAUGCCAAGGCAUAUAAUAAAAAAAGGCCCCUUUUUUUGUUGUUACCAGAAUAAGCAUCUAAACCAGAAUGAAAAACUCCCUACAUGAAAAGGUGGUGUGUUAUGUAAAUUAGUUCAUUUCCCUGUAUGCUUCUGUGUGCGUUGCUUACAAUAUAAGUAUCCUAUUGUACCACCCUUAGAAUGGAUUACCCC